AUGGCCAACUGCCUGCCGCAGCUGCUGCUGCUGCUGAAGGAGCAGCACGAAAAAGUGCUGCAGGCUGAAGCAGCAGAGGCGCAGGUUGCUGCUCAUCACAGCCAGCAGCAAGCUGCUGCUGCUGCUGAUGGUGCCUUGCAGCAGCAGGAGCAGCAGCAGGAGCAGCAGCAGCAGCAGCUCGUCGCCGCUAAAGCUGCCAAAAAGCAGCAGAGGUCUGAGGAGCUGCUGCUGGUUACUGUAUUGCAUGGUUGUUUGCUGCUGCAUGCACCAGACGCACAGCAGCAGCAGCAGCUGCAGCAGCAGCAACAGCACCAUCAGCUGCUGCUGCUGCUGCUUCAACAGCAGCAGCAGAAACAGCAGAUGCAGCUGCCUCCUGGAUACUCAGCAGUAGCUCUUAAAGAGUGGAUCCCUCAGCUGGUCCAAACAUUUUGCUGCUUGUCUGGCAGCAAAAGUGAAGGCGAGAGAACUCUGCUAGCGGAGGCCUUAGUGCAUUUGCAGCUUUGCUUCCCCUGCUGCAGCAGCAGCAGCAACAGCAGCAGCUGCAGCAGCAGCAGCUGCUGCUGCAUCUGCGAAGCUGUCCACGGCUUCUUAAAUGGAGCUACACCCGAGGAGAAGCUCACGGGGCUCGCAGUCGUGAGGGAAGGAGCUGCUCGAAGUGUCAAAUUUAACAAAAGUUUAAAGAGCGGAUUUCUGGCCUGCCUCACUGCUGAAGACCUGCGGGUCCGCCGGUUGGCAGUCACAACUUUGGGGUGUAUGUACACCUCAACCCUCAGCGCACUUUGGGGACUUCCGGCCGAAACAGAAACCCUCGCAGCUCAUUUGCUGCAGGCUUUAGAAUUAGAGAAGAUUUAA